CUUAAAUUUGCUACAGGCUGCUUCAGUUUACUCAUAAGACCAUCAGCAGACUUAAUGUGGGGGAAGGAGUUUCUGUCUGUGAACAUUUUGACUGUCGGUGUGUUACUGAUUGGUCUCUUUCUUUCGGGUGCUUUGCCUGAUUGUCAUGAUGGAGCAGACGUCUUCAUAACGGCUCCAAAGCAGAUGGAAGCACUCAGUGGAUCUUGUUUGCAUAUUUCAUGUAGCUUCAGAACCAAAGAAGGACAGAAAUUUAGCAGCACAAGAAAAACCUUUGGAGUGUGGAUUAAAAGUUAUCAUAAAGUUACCAGAAACAAUGUGAUCUUCAACAGUAAUGGAGCAGUUAGCAUCUAUCCAAUGAGUAUUACUGGGAACCUGAGUCAGAAAGACUGCACCACUCUGUUUUCUAAUUUAACCACCACAUACACAGACAAAUACUUCUUCAGAGUAGAGAGUGAAACAUUCAAGUCGACAGCUCAUUGUGAUUCUCUUCAAAUAACAGUCAGAGAUUCUCCUUGGAGGCCCAAUAUUACAAUCCCAGGUGAUCUGAAGGAGAAGGAGUCUGUCACUAUAACCUGCUCAGCUCUCACUCCCUGUCCACACUCCCCUCCUCAACUCACCUGGAAUCUCACACAAGACUCUAACAACAAAAUAGAGGAAAACACAGAUGGAAGCUUUACAACUAAAAUCCAGCAGACCAUCACUCUGUCAGACACACAUGAUGGAAAGAAGAUCAGCUGCUCUGCCAGAUAUCCUGUGAACCAAGGAAAAGACACCAAGACAGCAGAGACAGAAGAGACUCUCAGUGUUUCAUAUGCUCCUAAAGACACCUCAGCAUCCAUCAGUCCAUCAGGUUUGGUGUCAGCAGGCAGCUGGGUGAACCUGACCUGCUCCAGCAGAGCCAAACCUCCAGUCAGCAGCUUCACCUGGUUCAAGAAGAGCAGAGAUGGAGCUGUGAAAGUAUCUGAAGGAGAGAUUUACAGCUUCAAUGUAACAGAUGGAGGAGUUUAUUACUGUGUGGCCACUAAUGAUCUGGGUAAUCAGACAUCAGCAGAGAGUCAUGUGACUGUUACUUACAAUGAAGCUGGCAUACUGGUUGGUGUCUACACUAUAGUGAAGAUUGUGGGAAUCAUAAUGCUUAUGAGCACACUGAUCGUAUUUGAGUGCUGGUUCAGAUCAAGACGCUCCAACAAUCCAGAGACAGAAAGCUGUCAGAUGAGCAGAGUCACAUCACAACACAUCAACUAAAGUUUCUGCAGGACAAACUCCAUCUUAAAAUGUCACUAAAUUAAUUCCAGAGUACACCCUGGACAUGUCGCCAAUCUGAUGCAGCGCUAACACAGAGCGACAGACAACCAUUCACACUCACAUUCAGACCUAUAGGCAAUUUAGAAUCAGCAGUUACCUCACUACCUGCAUGUGUUUGGGAUUCGGGAGGAACAACUGUGGCACCAUGCUGCCCUCUAUUCACAUCACUAAUACUGUAUUAAAUAACCUGCUGCCCCCUUUGUGGAAUUUUGCCCAUCCAAUUACAAAUGCUUGAAAGUGAAUACCAUGCUGUAUUAAAUGAGACAUGGAAAUAGCAAUUGAGAUAUCUGUGUAGGUUCUCAGUCUUUUAUUUCAUGGAAGUCUAAGUCACUUGGAAAGCAAGCGACAAGAAUUCUUCGUCUCUUGAAGACAUUGCAUCUCUAAUCUAGAUUAGAGAUGCAAUGUCUUUGAAGAAGCAUCUUCAGCUGAGAUGCUUCUUCAGUUCUAAAACCACAUGGUUGAAGGUCCCAGUUAUUUAAACCCUAGUGAGGGUUGUACCUGAAGAGGAUCCUUGUACGAGUAUUAAUUAUAUGCCUCAUCACAUGAGGCAAGGUGAGAAAAAAGGUUUGGGUCAUUACCACCAAACCAGAGGUUUUCAGUGAAACCAUUGUGAAACCUUGUCUUACCCUAUCAUGUGACGCAAAAUGUGAGUAGAGGUGAGAUACCUGGGAAGGGAUCAAGUGACAGCUGGUGUUGUAAGCCACCACCUCUGUUCAAUAAUGAUCAUUUACAGUGGACAUAGAUGGCCUCUAUCGGUCCUCUUUCAAACCAUUUGUAUUCUGGUCCAAAAUGGGAACAUUUGCACCUUUAUCCUUUAGAUGCAGAUGUACAGUUGAGUCUUGUCCUGUUGAGGUGGACCUGAGUAGCUCCUCUAUGUUGUGUCAUGUGUUUAUGGAGUGGCUGUUUGGUUUCUCCAAUGUAGAGGUCAGAGCACUCCUCGUUGCACUGUACCGCAUACACUAUGUUGCUUAGUUUGUGGAUCUUAAAUGACCCUCGCGAACUUUAUUCCCCCUAAGCCAGAAGGGAAAGAAAAAUAACACUCAUUUAAAGAAAACCCCCAAAACAUGUGGUUAUUACAACUGUGCUUUCAUCAAAUCAGCAAAGAUGCACAGGAAAGAAAGUCAGACACCAACUAGUGGGAAUCAGAAGGACAAACGGAACAUUUUUAUAUGUAUGUCUUAUGUAGCAGGUUUAUCAGAGGGACCCAGGAGAAUUUUCUCCAAGCGCGGCAUCCAAGUGCACUUCAAACCGAGCCACAACCUAAGAUAAACUGGUUAAUUCCAGGGACAAAACUGCCAAACUCACCUCAAAUUAACAGCUAGAUGGUUCAAACUUGGACAAAAUUGGAUCUUCCAGUUUUGUGUAUGUGACUAGUGCACAAUGACUAUGGUGCUCAUGGUCAGAGUUAAGUUACAUAAAGGGUAGUAGAGAUAAAUCUGAAAUUAAGCAGAUGAUGGUUGUGCAGUGUAUACUAUAGAGUAAGCAUAAAAAGUACACUGUCAGUGUAGAGGAUGGAAAUCAGCCAGAACAACUAUGCA